AUGGCCGUCUAUCAAUCCAGUUUUAAGAUAUCACAAGAUCCAACCUACAUCCGCUAUACUAUGGAAAGCAGCUUUAAAGAGGAUUAUCUUCCUUUGAAUACAAAUUCUAGAUCGAACAUUUGUGCUGCUCCACUUGCAGCAAAUAUCAUGCAUCGAGAUGACUAUCAUUUGGGUCAUGUAGGGAAUUCGAUUACACGCAAUGAAUUCGUUGACAGAGGAAGUGCAUUUUAUAGUCAACAGCGAGAUGCUUAUGGUAAUAAUACUAAAGAAAGAGCGCUAAGAGCAACGACAUUUAAAAUGUUCACUGAUCCAGUAUUCCGUGGUGGUAUUAGCACUAAUAGUGAAAGUUAUCGGCGCCAUCCAAUUGUUGCUGAGCCUUCAUCGAAACCAAAAUUAUCAACCGCCAACGCCGGUAUAGCAUUUGGUGAUGUAAUGAAAACUGAGAUCCCAAUAUCGGAUUAUCGGAAAUCGUUUACAGCUCAUGCAGUUAGCCGUCCUAAGUUUGCAACGAAAGAAUUUUUUAUUAGUAAUAAAGGAACCCUUGCAGGAGAUCGUCGAAAUCCUCAAUCGAUGUAUACUACUACAUCGCAGCAAGCUCACACUGGUAAAUAUGUUGAGCCGCCACCUUUGGCUAACAUUCCACUACUCGGCUCGAAUCUACCUCAAGGUGAUCGUGAAAAGUUGGCAGUGAAAUCAACAUUACAUCAAGAAACUUUUGUCCCCCUGAACGCUAAACCUGCUAAACCAACAUCUGCUUAUAAUUUUCAAGAAACAACAUUUAGAUUAGGUUCUAAUGAUCAAAUGUUUAAUACAACGUCUCAAGAUGCGUUCAACCCCAAAAUAACAGAUGCUACCAACAAAUCCAAAAGCUUACGCUUUAAACACAUUCAGAGUUCUCUACCAGGUGGAGAUCUUGAUUAUCAACGUGGUAGGGAACGAACCUCAACAACAACUUUCAAAAGCGACUAUCCUCAGUACUUAGAUCAUACUGCUACUCGUGCUGGCAAUACUUCACGUCAUGCUGUUUCAAGCGUCCGAAUUAGCGGUGAAAAAAAUCAAAAUUAUUUUAAAACUGAAAUGUCAUCAGCUUUCAUUCCGAUGAGACUGGAAAAAAACUUGAUGCCUAAGCAACUAGAGAGUUCUGUUCCAUUAAAAUAUUAUGAACGAUCCGAUGAUCUUCCUGAAACGAAAGACAUGUAUCGACCAUUGCCAUUGCAAGUGAAGGAGAAGGCAAUCCACCAAAAUGUAAAUCAACAACGAAAAACUCAUGCUAAAAUUCAGGAUUACAGACUGAACAACUAUCAAACAAUUCAUCAGAGCGAUUACAAACCCAAGCGAGGUGAUCGAGCUGACAUUGUUAAUCAUCGAUUACAAUAUAGUUCGGUGCCUUUACACACUCUCAAUCAGGAUGUAUAA